GAGUAAUAAAGGAUAUUGCAACUAGAUAUCGGCACAGUUUCACUUUGACUGAUAAAACAGCUACGCAAAUGGCUAGAGAGAUUCGGAAAAUUUAUAAUGAUCCAAAUUGCCCACUUAGCUGGCCAAAAGUUUUAAUCGUGGAUAAAGGAACUGAAUAUAUGGGUGAGUGUAGGGAUUUAUUUCUCAGACAUGGCAUGAGAAUUCAGUAUGCUAAAUCUAAACGAAGUAUGGCUAUCGCUGAGCAAGAUCACCAAGAAUUUGAAAAGCAUGUCUUUUUUCGCCAAGAUGCUAUGGACUUAUAUUUACCAUUGACUGAUAGAUCUAGGGAGUGGGUUGUCAGCCUUCAUAUUAACGAUGAUAAAUAUAAUGAUUCCCUUACGAAGUUAAUACACAUAUCGUCCAAUGAAGCUGUAAAAAAAUCAUUAGAAGGUAAGAAAAUCUUUGCAGAUCCAACUGUCAAGCACAAAAGGCCUAUAGGUUAUGAUGAACCCCUCCUAUUAUCUGAUGUUAAAGUUCGGCAUCUAUUAGAACCUGGUGAACUAGAAGGUUGGAGAAAGAGGGCUACUGAUUGUAACUGGUCUCCUGAAAUUUUUUUGAUCGAAUCAUUUUCAAGAAAAAAUAACCAGCCAGUUCUUUACAAGCUACAUAAUAGCCAACCACCUUAUACCAUGUAUUCCGGAAAUCUAUUAAUUCUCGACACUCUGAUUCCAAAUCAUAUAGAAAUAUAUAUUAUUCCAGAAUUGUAA